ACAUAAAAAAUAGUCCAGUCGAAUAUAAUAUUCCGCGUUCGUAGAAUAAUACUUUUCCCAUCAUGUAACACCAUUUACGUCAGAUAAAACAUCAUAGAUAUGAUUAUAAGAUCAUAAGACUGCUAUGUAAAUUAAUCAAUAUAAAUUUGUAGACUUUUUUCAACACAGUUUAGAAGAAUUAUUUUUCUUGUCAAGGGUUCAGAAAAAGGUGCUCUUCGCCCCACUGAUCAAUUUUUGGAGAAAAUAUUGUCUCUAAUAUUUGUGCUAUUUGCACUUUUUGUGGAGGUGAACCAUGGCUAGUAUUGGCAUGACCCGUGAUCUGUUUCUUUGGUGGAUGUCUGGAAUAUAUUUAUGCGCAUUUGCAUCUUUGUAUAUACAAAUACCAGGCCUUUACGGAGACAAUGGGAUCUUGCCAGCAAAGCUUGUCGUCAGAGAUAAAGCAAAAGAUGUGAAUGAUUUCUUCAAAGGGAGCCCAACCCUGCUGAGUCUUACUCCCUACUUAGGUCUGACCACACAGCAGGGUAUGGAGUUCCUGACAUUUGGGGGCAUCCUCGUUUCUUUCCUGAUGUUCAUCUCCAAACCUCAGAGAAGUUGCGCAGGAUUCUUCCUGCUUUGGGCACUCUAUUUCUCAGUUUAUCAGGUUGGGCAGACUUUCCUCUGGUUCCAAUGGGACAUAUUACUUCUUGAAGCUGGCUUCCUUACAGCAUUGCUAGCCCCUAUCAAUAUAAAGCUGUUCCGGUGGAGUGUAAUUGGUUAUAACCAACAUGAUCAUGUGACGCUGUGGCUCGUCAAGUGGCUUCUCUUCAGGCUCAUGUUCGCAUCUGGUGUCGUCAAACUCACGUCACAUUGUCCAACAUGGUGGGGACUAACAGCUCUCACUUAUCACUAUGAGACUCAGUGUAUUCCAACUCCAGCAGCUUGGUACCUUCAUCAGUUACCCGAGUGGUUUCAGAAGUUCAGUGUGGUGGCAACAUACGUCAUAGAGAUACCCAUCCCAUUCUUGUUCUUCGCUCCAGUCAGAGCUCUAAGGCUAUUUAGCUUUUAUUCACAGGUCCUCUUGCAAGUUAUGAUCAUCCUCACUGGCAACUACAAUUUCUUCAACCUGUUGACCAUAGCCCUGUGUAUCUCACUAUUGGAUGACAAACAUAUAGGAUACUCUUACUACAGUGGAAAACAAGGUCUUGAUGCUGUCCCUAUACUUGGUGCUAUUACUCGUAGAUUGCGCCUCAUUUUGGGCCUUGCCGCUAUUGGUGGUCUCGCGUAUGGCACCCAGUAUUACUUCUCACUGGAAUUAAAAAAUGAUUACACACUCGGUUCUAAAGUCAAUUUCACGAAGGGAGAGUUCAGAACAUUUAUGGAGAAGAGUGUUCCCAUUGCAAUGUACAUGGGAGCUGUUUCAUUAGCCUGGGAGAUACUAUGUGCCUUGGGAAGGAGUGUAACACAGGAAAAGGGGCUGUUCAACAGGUUAUGGGCAACAAGUGGGACUGUUGUGUUCAGCUGUGCUGCAGCAGCAAUGUUUUCAAUAAGUUUGGUGACUCUGACUGUACUGGACAAGGGCAGUGAGGAAAUGCUGCCCCCUGUUGUCUAUCAGCUGCAUGAGAGAACGCAUAAAUUUCACUUAACCAGUUCCUAUGGUCUGUUUCGAAGGAUGACUGGUGUAGGUGGCAGACCUGAAGUGAUCCUAGAAGGAAGCAAUAGUGAGGAGGGACCCUGGAGGGAGUAUUACUUCCAUUAUAAACCUGGCAAUGUCUACUCAAGGCCUCCAAUAGUUGCUCCUCAUCAACCCCGUCUUGACUGGCAGAUGUGGUUUGCAGCUCUAGGAACCACACAACACAACCCAUGGUUUGUGAAUCUCGUAUACAGAUUGCUCACUAAUCAGCGUGAAGUGGUAUCCCUACUGCAGACCAAUCCAUUUCCACACCAUCCACCAAAGUUCAUAAAGGCACAUCUCCACCACUAUCACUUUACCAGCACAGAUGAGGACAGCCCAAGGUACUCAAGAACUGCCUGGUGGAAAAGGGAGAAACAAGAUGAAUACCUUCCAAUUGUAUCAAAGACCAACCCAUUACUGCAGCAACAUUUAAAGCAUUUCAAAAUUAUUGAGAAUAAAUCAAAGGAACAGUCUUCCACAUCAUUGCUCACAAAAAUACUAAAAUAUCUACGCAACUUGACGGCAAACAUAAACCAUGCAAUGUUUGUCUGGACAGUCAUCAUGACAGGACUAGUGCUGGCAUUUUUCGACCUCUACAUCUAGACCAGGAAAUCACUGUUGCAUAAUUUGAAAUGGAUACCCCUGAGUGAUGUUUUGCGCUUGGAAUUUAUGGAUGGAUACCAUAUCUCAACAUAGAAUUUAGAUAUUCCUGCUAUGAUAUUUUUUGUAUGCAUUCCUAUGCUUAAAAUAUGCUUGCAUUUAACAUGAAUUCCACUCAGUGUCAAUGACAGCAUUAUGUCGAUCAAAUAGUUAAAGUGGGCCUUGUAGGACAACUUUUGAUUGCUUUGUGCAUGAUUUCAAUCUGCAAGGCAACAUGCACACAAGUGGUGACAUAUUGUUAUAGUUUACAACUUUUUGUGACGGCAGUCAGUGCUGGGAAUCUGUAACAAAUGGCAGGUGAUGACACUGCCUUGUUCAUGAUUUUUCCAUAGCUACAGCCAAAAUUGUUGACAAUUUACA